AUGGUCAUCCCUGAUGGUUUGGAUGUGCAAGGCAAUUUGAUCCCAAUUGUUGAAGAGAAGGUUGAUUCUGUUUUCUAUCAUGGGUCUACCUCAGGUCAGAAGAAUGCUCCACCAUCCUGGGUUCAAGAUUCUCCGUCUUGGCCUAGUCCUCAACCUAAUCAGAAGGCCAAGAUGCCUGAACGAGGUGUACCCGACACAGAGGUUCAGGAAGCCAAAAAGAGUUUAACAAGGGAGAGUAGUUCUGAAACAUCUGUUCCACCACAUGUUUUAUGGAAGGAAGCCCGUGUGGGAAUGGAUGGAGUUGUCAAAGAAGAUGUUCAAAAAGUUUUUGAAAAAUGCGAGACUCUAUCUCAGUCUAUAUCUCCAGAUGAAGGCAAUGAUUGCAGGAGCAUACUUAGCCGCGCAUUAGAUGUUCCUGAAUAUUCUGGUCGGGUGAGGGGUAAGGGAUUUGGAAUCACUCCAACAUCCUUGAAGAUGAAAAAACAGAAGGCUCUUAGCAAUGGAGAACUGCAGGAAACCUUGUAUGCACUACAAGCUGAAGUCCGCGAAUUGAAAAGGGAAAAAGAAUUAAGAGAGCAAGCUUCAAGUUGUAAAGCUACUAGUGACAAAGGUAGUAUCGGUUGUAAUUUUCAACCGGAUCUUCCAAAGGGCAUUUCACCUUGCCAACUCUACUUAUCGUCACCGACUUAUCGGAUGGUUGGCAAGGGAAAAGUGCAUAACACUUUGGGAGAAUUACUUCACACUAGACCGCUCCCUACCGGCUAUUUGAAAGUAUCGGUUGACAUUGCUUUAGAGAAGGAUGCGUUAUUACCGCAUCCUGACGAUGUUUCGGAUGCCACAUUGGUGGGAGAUGCAAUAGGUUCGUUUGUUGCAUGGCCGCCAAGCCUAAUUAGUGUAGAUGAUGAGAUGCAUGCUAAAGAGAUUGAAGAUUUUUGUAAGGGUAAGAAGCCUGAAAAGGUUGUUGCUAAGAAGACUGAUCGCGACUUUACGUGUGUAUUAAUCGGAUGA